AUGUCGGAAAUAAGCUCUUUAAAUCCUAAAUUAGCUCUUUCGAGCGACCACAGACAGAACAAGCCUUCCAUCGUGCCGUUGCCUACAAUAUUGCCUAGAAUAAUUACUCAUAAUACUGCAACAGGCGAUGGCAGUUUACUGCAAUCCUUAGAUGACCAGUGGCAAAAUCUCCCCCUAAGAUGUCUACCUGAUGAAAUAACUCAAGAAAAAGAAGUCGACCCGUUUUGGUCUAAAUUGUUAAAAUUUGAAAACCUUUGCGGCGAGAAAGAACUUAAGUCGUCAAAGGUUAAAAAAGGAAGCUAUCACGUGCAAGAAACCUCUGACACCAACGUUAGCAAUAUUACGGGCAUAGAAUCUGCCAGUACCGAUAGUCAUAUACCUGGACAAGCAACCGGUAGUAAAAUUAAAGAUGGACGGAAAAAAGAAAAUGAAAGUGAUAUCAUUGAUGAUUUUUCUGAUCUUUAA